AAAUGAAAGCGAAAAUGCCAAAAUGGCUGAAUAAAGUAAAUGCUCUAUGUUUAAUAUAAAGUUUUUCUGUACAGUAAUAACUAUUAGGCUAAACACGAUUAGCAUCGAAUAUUUAUAAACAUUUAGUUAAUGUCUUUAUAAGGAGUGUCUAAUUAUUAAUAAUCUUUUGGUACUCAAAGAAUUUCAAAAUGAAUGAAACUAAUAGUGAAGGACUUGCGGAUUCCGAGAAGCCGGUUCAAGUAUCAGAUAAUGUGCCAUUCCCGCCUUUCCCGGCCCCAGCAGAUGAUGACUUUGAAGAAGAUAUAUCUAAAGAUGAGAGAUCAUACUACAUAACAAAAUUUAAAGAUCUUAAUACUAUUAUUCACAUGAAAGUUCACUGUACUGCUUGUGACCGACAUAUAGGGAUUUGUCCCAAAAAUGAAAGUAAUAUGAAAACACAUCCUAUGUUACGUACAUUAAUGUGCCAGAAUUGUCAUUCAUUUUAUAACAGUGGAGAGUUUGAAAAGGGUGAUGAUGGCUCUGAAUUAUAUUGUCGUUGGUGUGGACAAGGCGGUCAAGUGUACUGCUGCUCAGAUUGCCCACAUGUAUUUUGUGCGAAAUGCAUAAAAAGAAAUAUGGGCCCAGCUAAAAUAAGAGAGAUUGAGGAAGUAGAUGAUUGGAAAUGUUUCAAAUGUAAUACCACCUGUUUGAGAGAUUUGCGUGCAAUUUGUUGGGCAGCACUGCGCUACUGUGACUUUAAAAACAGAAUCGCUUAUAAAACUGAAGAUGCAAAGCUUAAGGAAUCAUAUUUAAAAGAAAUAUCUGAAGAUGUUUCUGAGUGCUGUAGGUCUAAAAAUAGAAAGAAGGAAAAGCUGGAUGCUAAAAAGAAAGAAGCUGAAGCGAAAAAAGCGGCUGUUGCAGUUGUAUCGAAGCUUCCUCCUACUAUACUGGUGAAGAAAUUUGCUUCAAUUAAUUCUGUGUCUGAUGUGAAUAAGCCAGAACUUAGGAAGGCUCAAAAAAGGUCGGCGAGUCCCAAAAUGAAACCAAAUAUAAUUUUGAAAAAUCCUAUUUGUGUGUCACCAAAGGUGUCUAACACCUUCCAUGUUGCACCUAUGAAGAAAGUUCGGCUGCCGUCAAACAUGAUGAACCCAAUAAGGAUACUGAAUGAGAGAAAACCCGUGCCCCAAAACACAUUAAUUAAGAUACGACCGAAAGCCAAUUUUCAAAAUAAUAUGUUCAACGGGAUCAGUACAAGCACACCAUUCAACAAUGUCAUGUUUAAUAAUGAUAAUAUUAAUUUGUCGCUGGACAGUCUAACCCAGGGCCUAGAUAUGUCUUCUAUACAAAACAUGAGUGGCGCAUCUCAGGACGAAUUAGUGUGCACUCCGGAUUUCCCCAUGGAGCCAUUAUGCGAGGUGACAGAGGAUAACACGGAUGAUGAUGUGCAGUGUAUAACACCAGGUCCCGUGAUAACACCGAAGACAUUGUCUACACAAAAGCCAAUCGUUCUCUCCGAAGUGUCUCCCGAAAAUAUCAUACAAAUGACUGAAAACGAUGUUACCGUGAAUUCUGUCACUGGUGGUCUUAAAUUCCGCGUUGACCCUCAAACCUUAUCUUCCAACAAGAUGUAUCGACUUCCCGACGGUAGAAUAUUUGCAAUUAAUGCCAAUCCUACCAUGCCCGGCGGCUAUUCGGCUACGAUAGUAGCGGUAACUGAAACAAAUCGACCCAAAAUAAGUUCAUCUAAUAAAUCCAGCCGUGGUACGCCACCACCACUACGAGUAAUAAAAAGCAAUCCAGCAAAUCGCAAAAAGGUUUCAAAACACAAAUCACCAAAGCCCCGUCGUUCCGAGACGACCCAAAGGGAAGCUGAUCUGUCAGUACCCGUUGAAUGGUAUAGAUAUAAUUUGAUUGACGCUAUAGACGCACUCGAGUACUCAUUGACACGAUUACAUAAAUUGAAAAAGGAAGCAAACACCUCCUUCUUACGAACAAGGACUGUCAAUGAAAUGCGGAAUUUACACAGAAGUUUCGAUACCCUAUUAAACACCUCGUCGCAUCGUUUCAAGGAGAUUCGUGAUACUCUAACUAAAGGAUUUAAACAAUAUUUGAUAAAGAAAUGUCAAGAAAAUAGCGAAGAGGAAGAUGACGAUGACGUCGAAAUACUACCCGAUUUAGACGAAGACCCUAUUUGUAUUGAUGAAAAUUCGCUAGAUUCCUUCUGCAACGAGACCCAAGAAGUCGAUCUGACAGAGGUUGGAAGCGAACACAACGAUAGUAGAGAGAAAUCUGCACAUAUGGCAUCUAUCACACAAGAGAUAGAUGAACAUGACACAAAAGAAAUUAUCAGUGAAAACAGCGAAGAAAUCGAUACAUCUAAAGACAUUGCAAGUGAUGCUAAAUUGAACGGAAAAAAAAGUGCAGAACCAAAAAUUUCUCGUAACAAAUCCGUAUCAAAUUCAGACACAGAAUUUGCGUUUUCCAAUUCCAAUUCAACCGAUAGUAAGGUAGCUGAAGAUAAAAACGAAAAGGAUGAAAAUAAAACAGAAAGUGAGAUUAUAGAAGAUACUCCGAAAGAUAAAAAGGAGAUUGUUGAUAGCAAAGUAACAAAAACAGUUAAAACAAACGAAAAGGGAGAAAAAGUUACCAAUGGUAAUAAUGAAGAUAUUAAUGUUAGUGAUAAUACGAUAGAUGAUUGUUUGAAUGAAGGAGAGGCAAAGGAAGCGAGUAAAGAAAGUGUUAUGGACAUUUCUGAUGAUGUAAAGGAAUCUUAAUGCACAAAAGACUCGCUAACGUGAUAAUAUACUUGACAGUUUUAUACAAAUACCUUAGUUAAAUACAAAAACUAAAUCCUAACUAAUCUAAACGUAGUACAUACUAUAAAUAAGUGAAUUAUUUGCCAGUUUAUUUCCAGUUGUGUUUAAGUUGAUUCGGUGUAAAAUAAUACCUGACAUAAAAACCUAGUAAAAUAUAACCAAUUUAUUUAUAUUUUAAAUUUGACUUUAAAGCAGAUUUUAGAGAUGGAGGGUAGUCACAAAUAUUUAUGCAGAGGGUAGAAUUCCUUGUGUUCUUAUGUUUGAUUUUAAUAAAAUCGAAGGAUCAGUUCGCCGUGUAAUUCUUUUUAAUCAGCUGAUAUUACCAUUUAUAGUGAGAUAGUAGCAUUUGUUGCCUGGUCCGACAAAUGUUGGAAUUUACUACGGAUUUGUGUUCUCAAAGGGAGAAUACUAGUUCCACAGUUAUACAAAACACUUUAAAGAUUAGACAUGCUCUAUCCCAAAAUGCACUCAAUUCACAUAGAAGAUAAACUUUUGCUUUAUCUUCAUAUUAAAAGGGUGGAUCUAUUGAAGCCAUUAAUUGGAUUUGUAUGUGUAAAUUCUUUAAAAUGUUCCUUUAGGGCAAUAAAAAUAAGAAACUCAUAUUUGUAUUCGUUUUCGUGAAUAAAUAUAAUGGAAGGGUCGCAAGUUGAAAGCGUGAGCGUAUUUCAUUGAUUUGUAUAUUUAAAAAGAAAUGGCGACAAAGCGACACAGUAAGUUUACUAACAAUAAUUGAGGUUCUUUGGUGGGAAGUGCCAAAGCCAAUUAAGUAAAUGUUGUAUUUACAGAGUAAAGAGACUGGUUCUAAAACAAAUUUUUACCUUCCAAUCAUUUUUGUCGUGGUCUUUGUGGUCGUUCGAAUUAUGUUAAUAUUGUGAAAAGUGUAAAUGUGGAAUAUUUACACAUAAUUAUAUAUGUGUUUCUACUAUUUGUUAUGUUAUUACGAAAUUUUAUGUUUAAAGUUUGUAUAUAAUAUUUUGUUUAGACACCUCCGCUCGAAGAUUAAAAUUAAUGUUAAUGUGGGACGUAGGAAUUGUAAAUAUAUUUUGAUUUAAUUUAGAAUAAGUAAUAUAUAAUUUGUAUUCAUUAUUCAACUAUUUCAUUUUAUAACCUCUCUUUUUGGGUAAGACUCUGAGACCGCUUAGUAUAGCGUAGGUGAAAAGCGCAUUGGAUUCCCACAAAUAGUUCUAGUUAAUUUUCGACUCUGAAUGUCAACUGUCAAAUACAGUGUCAGUUUUUGACAGAUGACAGUUUCUUUAUUUCGUUCCAUCAUUUGAGGUAUGAUAUGACGUUUUUUUUUUGUAAUUGCCAUAUCUAUAUGACCAUGAUUAGCAAGAGUUUGCUUUCUCCAAUAUUGGACUAUUAAUUGCUUGUUGACAUAUAGCACACUUGUCAUGAUGACAAGUAUUUUACCUUUGCAAUUCCCUCUCGUACAGACUGACUAUUCCAGACCUUAAGGGCCUUCUAGUACAUAAGGGUCCUUAAAUACAAUUUUUACAUAAUUCCAUAAGCCAAGGUAGUGUUUUGAUACCAAGUGACGAUUCUGUAUACAAUUUUGAUGCAGAAAAUCCUAAGUGCAAAUGUCCCAAUCACUAUUGGAAAUUAAAUACUUUUUGCUACAUGAAUAAUUUGCAUUAAAUCAAAAUUGUUAGCAUUUGAAUUUCGACAUUGACUAUAUGUUAAAAUUAAGAUAUUAAAGAAUGCACUGAAAGAAUUUUUUCCUUUAUUCUAAUUUUGAUAGUAUAUAUUCGCUUUGUUAUCCGAAUUUUUCUAGGAAAUCAUUGUAUUUUGGUUCCGUUUUAUUGUGAUAGGCAUUAUUAGGCUUGCAGCUGUGCUGGAUUUUAUAUGAAACGCCUUUAUGCGGCCAUUAAGCCAGAUGUAAUUUAUGUUGUACUGUAAAGAAUAAAUGAUCUGGAAGA